AAGAGAGAGGAGCGAAGCGAUAUGGCCGCCAGUACCGGUAGCGAGUUCUUCGAGAUUGACAUGGAGGAGGCGGGCGAACUCUUCGAGCAGCCGAGAUCCGGACUGGACGCCGCGCUUGAGGAACGGGUUGUGGCGGAGGACGAGGAAGAGCUCAUGUGGGCGGCCGUGGAGCGGCUGCCGUCAGUCAAGCGCCACAAUUUCGCCGUCGUGCGCCGGGACUCCCGAUCCUCCUCCCGCCACGGGCCGGGGGCUCCUCCGUUCGAGCUGGUCGACGUCAGGCGGCUCGACCGCGCCGCCCGUGAGCGGGUGCUGCAUAAGGCUUUCGCCACCAACGACCAGGACAAUUACAAUCUCCUUGCCGGCAUCAAAGGCCGGUUCGAUAGUGUAGGGUUGGACGUUCCCAAAGUGGAGGUGACGUUCCAGAAUCUCACCGUCUCUGCAGAAGUAUACACCGGUCACAGGGCUUUGCCUACUCUGACUAACUUUGUCCGCGACGCUAUUGAGGGGGUUUUUACUUCCUUAGGAUUACUCCGACCAAAAAAACAUACUCUCACCAUUUUGGACAACGUUAGCGGUGUCAUAAAACCAGGAAGAAUGACACUGCUAUUAGGACCUCCUGGUUCUGGCAAAACCACGCUACACUUGGCUCUAGCUGGUAAACUUGAUUCUAACUUAAAGAGAAGUGGAGAUGUGAAGUACAACGGUUGCCAGCUUGAUAAAUUCGUUGUGCAACGAACAUCUGCCUACAUCAGCCAGACAGAUAAUCAUAUAGGGGAGUUGACUGUUCGAGAAACCCUGGAUUUUGCAGCAAGAUGUCAGGGUGCGAGCAACAACUGGGCAGAGCAUUUGAAAGAUUUAGAAAAGCUUGAAAAGGAGAAAAACAUCCGUCCAACUCCGGAAAUUGAUGCAUUUAUGAAGGUUGCUUCAGUAAAAGGUGAAAACAACAACCUUGCAACUGAGUAUACCUUGAAGGUUCUCGGCAUUGAUGUCUGUGCAGAUACUCUGGUCGGUAGUGAUAUGUUCAGGGGUGUUUCAGGUGGUCAGAAAAAACGUGUAACAACAGGAGAGAUGAUAGUUGGACCAAGAAAAACCCUUUUCAUGGAUGAAAUAUCAACAGGACUUGACAGCUCCACAACAUAUCAAAUCGUCAAAUGCAUGCUGAACUUUGUUCAUCAAAUGGAGGCCACUGUGCUUAUGUCUCUCCUUCAGCCUGCACCUGAGACAUUUGAUCUUUUUGAUGAUCUAAUAUUAUUGGCUGAAGGACAUAUCAUAUAUCAUGGGCCCAGAGAAAAAGUUUUGGAGUUCUUUGAAACACUAGGAUUUUUUAUGCCAUCUCGUAAAGGGGUGGCGGAUUUUCUCCAGGAGGUUACCUCUAGAAAGGAUCAAAAACAGUAUUGGUCUGAUCAUUCCAAACCAUAUGUUUUUGUUCCCGCUUCAAGAAUUGCUCAGAUAUUCAGAGAAUCUGAAUAUGGAAGUUCUGUCCGAUCCAAUCUUUUGGUCCCUAAUGACGAUAAAGGGUUUCUUCCUUCAGCUCUUGCAAGAACAAAUUUUGCUAUAUCAAAGCAGGACCUCCUCAAAGCAUGCUUUUCUCGUGAAGUAUUGCUUAUCAGUCGGCAUCGGUUCCUCUACAUUUUUAGAACAUGUCAAGUUGCAUUUGUUGGAUUCAUCACUUGUACAGUAUUUCUCCGUACAAGACUGCAUCCCAUUGAUGAGAUGAAUGGCAGAUUGUACCUUUCUUGUUUGUUUUUCGGACUGGUGCAUAUGAUGUUUAAUGGAUUUUCUGAGCUUCCAAUAACAAUUACCCGACUUCCAGUUUUCUAUAAGCAGAGAGAUAGUCUUUUUUAUCCAGCCUGGGCUUUUUCUCUUCCUAGCUGGUUGUUACGUAUUCCAUACUCAAUUAUUGAAGCUGUAGUAUGGUCUUGUGUGGUAUACUACUCAGUAGGGUUUGCACCAAGCGCUGAUAGGUUUUUCUGCUUCAUGCUGUUAUUGUUUUCCAUACACCAAAUGGCAUUGGGUCUCUUCCGACUGAUGGCUGCUAUUGCAAGAGAUUUCAUUGUGGCCAACACAUUUGGAUCUUUUGCACUGUUAGCCAUCUUUCUUUUGGGUGGAUUUAUUGUCCCAAAAGAUUCAAUCAAACCAUGGUGGAUUUGGGUUUACUGGAUUUCACCAUUAUCGUAUGGGCAACGAGCAAUUGCAGUCAACGAGUUUACAGACUCCAGAUGGAGAGAGAAAUCUUCUUAUGGAACAGACACAGUUGGGAACAAUGUACUUCGGUCACAGGGUCUACCAACCCAGAGAUACUGGUAUUGGGUGGGAGUAGGCAUUUUGCUAGCUUAUUCUAUCCUUUUCAACAUUUUGUUCAUUCUUGCCAUGGCAUAUCUUAAACCUCUGGGAAAGGCACAAGCAGUUGUCUCAUCUGAUUCUCAAGAGGGGGAGGAUGAAGGUUGUCAAGGCACUCACCCACAAACUGCAACAAGUGAAAGUAAUGAACCAGAGGCAUCAGAAAGAACUGCUGACGGAAAUACCUCCAAUAAAGGAAUGAUUCUUCCAUUUCAGCCAUUAUCUAUGACGUUCCACAAUGUCAAUUAUUUCGUUGAUAUGCCAAAGGCAAUGAGAGCUCAAGGAGUUCCUGAGACACGGUUGCAGUUGUUAUCCAAUGUUUCUGGGGUAUUUAGACCACGUGUCUUGACAGCCUUGGUCGGCUCUAGUGGGGCUGGGAAGACCACACUUAUGGACGUGCUUGCUGGUAGGAAGACUGGUGGAUAUAUAGAAGGUGAUAUAAGAAUUUCUGGAUAUGUAAAGGACCAAAGAACCUUUGCCAGAAUCUCGGGAUAUGUUGAACAAAAUGAUAUACAUUCUCCUCAAGUAACAGUAGAGGAGUCUCUCUGGUUCUCAUCAAGUCUUCGUCUUUCAAAUGAAGUCAGCCGAGAAAACAGAUGUGCAUUUGUUGAGGAAGUUAUGAAGCUAGUGGAACUUGAUACUUUACGGCAUGCAUUAGUAGGCAUACCAGGGAGUAGUGGCUUAUCAACUGAACAAAGAAAGCGCCUUACAAUUGCAGUAGAGCUUGUUGCAAAUCCUUCUAUUAUCUUCAUGGAUGAGCCAACUUCGGGCUUAGAUGCACGGGCUGCUGCAAUCGUCAUGCGUACUGUUCGAAACACAGUUGACACCGGGAGAACUGUGGUUUGCACCAUACACCAGCCAAGUAUUGAUAUAUUUGAAGCAUUUGAUGAGCUACUUCUUAUGAAGCGAGGAGGCCUUGUCAUAUAUGGUGGCUCACUUGGUAGAAAUUCUCAAGAUAUGAUAAACUACUUUCAGGGAAUACAAGGAGUUCCUCCUAUCCUUGAUGGUUAUAAUCCUGCAACUUGGAUGCUGGAAAUUAGUACACCAGCUUGUGAAGAAAGCCUUGGUUUAGACUUUACUACUGUAUAUAAAAACUCAGAUAAAUUCAGGGAAGUUGAAGCUCUCAUUCAGGAAUUAAGUACCCCUGCUGCUGGUACAGAGCCUCUGAGAUUCUUUUCAGUGUUUCCGCAAGAUAAACUGACUCAAUUUAAAGUAUGCUGUAAGAAACAAUUUCUUGUGUACUGGAGAAGUCCCCGAUAUAGUGUUGUGCGCAUGUUCUUCACUGCAAUUACCGCAUUGAUAUUUGGGACAGUCUUUUGGAAUGCUGGCUCAAAAAGAGAUACCGUACAAGACUUGUUUCUGGUUAUGGGAUCCCUCUAUUCAGCUUGCAUAUUCCUCGGAGUCAACAAUGCAUCCUCUAUACAACCUGUGAUUUCUAUUGAGAGGACAGUUUACUAUAGGGAAAGAGCAACUAGAAUGUAUGCCUCAUUUCCAUAUGCAGCAGCACAGGGUAUUGUAGAGAUUCCAUACAUCCUGUUGCAAACCAUUAUUUUUGGCCUUAUCACCUUUUUCAUGAUCAAUUACGAAAGGACUUUAGUAAAGUUUAUCCUAUACUGUUUGUUCAUGUUCCUCACUUUCAUGUACUUCACUUUCUACGGAAUGAUGGCAGUAGGUUUGACUCCUACGCAACAGCUAGCAGCAGUUAUUUCAUCAUCAUGUUACUCCUUAUGGAAUCUACUAUCCGGUUUUUUGAUCCCCAAAGCUAACCUCCCCGUGUGGUGGCUUUGGUUUUACUACAUAUGCCCGGUGGCGUGGACUCUUCGCGGCGUCAUCACAUCACAAUUGGGUGAUGUUGAGACCAGAAUAGCUGGUCCAGGUUUUGAUGGGACCGUGAAGCAAUACCUGGAGGAGUCCCUCGGCUAUGGCCCUGGCAUGUUGAGCAUUACCGCUGUGGUUUUGAUUGCCUUCUCCUUUGUGUUCUUCACUGCGUACGCCACCUCCAUCAAAGUUCUCAACUAUCAGAGACGGUGACCAUGCAUGCUGACAAAUCUUCCACCUUUAACCUGCAAAUGUUUUCUCUCUCACUCACCAAGCAUAUGUAAUCUUCAUCCUCUUGUAAGUAACCUGAAUUCCGCGAAUGGAAGCCUUCCUGACCAGACCAGCUUCG